GGAAAGUAUGUAAGUUACGGCUAAACGCGAAAUAAUAAUGUUAUGUCAUAAAUUACUAGCUUAAGGCUAGCUUAUACUAACAGUACUUCUGCUGCUAAAUUGAACUAGCUAACAUUAUUACCAGCCAGUAUUAAACAUUUUUUUUAAGUUGUUAAAACUAACCUCCUUUGCCAAAUAAGAAAAGAGUAAUCCAAGUGUAAACCUUAUUAACAUACACCCGCAAACAAAGGGUCAAUAACAAUUAGCCUAAUGGUAUGUGUGUCGAUAAUUGAUUGACUUGAGUUGUGGGCCACUUCUGCAAACUCUUGCAUUAGCGCUUGUCGGAUUUUGGAAAUCAGAAUAAAACCCCACAACAAUGUUGAUUGUGAAGGGGUGAGUUUAGUGUCAGCAGCUGCCAAAGUUUGGUUAAAAUGUCCAUAGAGGGGCGUCAGUGGAGUAUCCAUUCAAGUAAAGGACGGUUCAUUGACAUUCAUCCCCAUGUACUCAGGUUACAGGUGUGUGCUGGAAGUGAACGUUCGGUGCCGCAGGCCAGUUUUGGCAGCAUGGUGAAGUCCCAGAAGUCAGCUGGGAGGAAGAGCUCCCAAUGUCACCGCAGACAGGCAGCUCCGCCUAAGAAGUUUACACAAAAAGUUCCACCGAGUGGUGGUCAGGCGGAGAUGGAGGAAGGUCAGCCGCAGUCGGACCCCCAGCCUCCUCCGCCAGAAGAGGACCCCCAAGAAGGAGUCCAACCCUCGGAUCAGACCUCUACUUCAGCCGAGGCGCUCUCAGAGAACUUGGACCAGGAAGAAACUUCCAUAGUUGAGGAAAAAGGCAACUCUGGUUCCCAGUCUGCGGCCAAGCCCCUAUGGAAGCCCAUUCCCCCUCUGCUGCCUGAACCUCACGCUGAGACCAGGGACCAGAGCUGUCAGACUGAAGAGCGGUUCCAGCAGACCAGUGCCGGCAGCCAUGCUCAUAACACAGGUGUAUGUAUGGAGCCAGGAGAUCCUCCUCUGCUCCAGCAGCCUCUUCAGACCUCCAAGUCUGGGAUUCAGCAGAUCAUCGAAUGCUUCCGUUCAGGUACCACCCAGCUGAAGCACAUGCUGCUGAGGGAGGUGGACACCAUCUUCGAGUGUAAACUGUGCCGCAGUUUGUUCAGAGGCCUGCCCAACCUCAUCACGCACAAAGAGUACUACUGCCUAUCGCGACUGCCUGAGCCUGAUGGUGAUGACAGACAAGGUCUAGCCAUGAAGGAUUUACUGGACGCCAUAUAUCCCAGACCUGACCGGCCAGACUGCGUUGUCCGCCUGGAGCCAAUUCAGACCACUAAUAAGGCCGUGUUCCAGUACCUGACCACUGAGGAGGAACUGGCUAGAUAUCCAUCACACACACCCAGUGCCAGAGAGAGUCCUGUAGCCUGGGAGGGAGAACAAGUGGAGGGUGUGGACAACAACCAGCAGAGCCAGCCGGAGAGCCACAGCAGCCCGGGACACAAUCAGGGACAGAGGAGAUGGGAGGCUGAGGAGGAGUCUAAAGACGAGCCGCCACCACAUGAAGACGAAGGGUCAACUAGUGGGGUUGAGGAUGUGACAAUCUCCUGUUGUCUGUGCGGUCAGGACUUUAACUCGCGCCGCAGCAUCAGGCGUCACUGCCGUAAAAUGCACCAGACCAAACUGGAAGAGCUUCGAAAGUUCACAGAGACUCGUACAGUUCCCACAAGCCUGCUCUCCAUGGUGAAAGGUCGGCCAAGGACUCUCAGCACACCGACUGGAAAAUCCUGCCCAGUGUGCCUCAAAACCUUCGCCACUAAAGCCAACGUACGGCGUCAUUUCGACGAGGUCCAUCGCGGCCUUCGUCGGGACACCAUCACACCCAGCAUUGCCUCGCGGCCCGGUCAGCCCUUCUCUCUGGAGGUCACACCCCCCAGGAAGAGCAACAACUCCUCUCCAACACGUGGCCAGAACACCUCCAAGGCCACCCCCGUGAACUCUAAAACAACGCCUUCAAACCAAAACCCGCCCAAACCUCCGAGUCCACUCUCAGCCUCUGCCUCUCCGCAGGUGAACCCGGCCUCGUGUCGCUGCACGCUCUGCAAGAGGAACUACAGCUCUCAGCUCAUGUUGAAGAGACACAUGCGUAUUGUCCACAAAGUAUACAGCAUCAAAAGUAACCGACCUGGUACGACGUCCAACUCCUCUACUACAGCACCCACUCCGAACAGUAGCACCACCAAUUUACCCCAAGCUAACCCAAGCAACAAUAUCCGAGUGAAAGAAGAAGCAGUAGAGCCUUCAGAUAACGAUGACGAUGACAAUGACGAGGACAUUGAUAGCAGUCCGGCUCCAUCACCUAGUAACAGCACUGGGACAGCUAAAGGUGCUCCUGUGGUGCAAAACGCCCUGAAGGUGAAAGAGGAGGAGGCCCCAUCGAGCCCAAAGAUGACACCAAUGCUAUCUUCAUCAUCCUCGCGAGGAGGGAACACAUGCAGCACUGGCGUGCCUUCCAGAAUGACCAAGCUUUCUGUGGGCUUUGAUUUUAAGCAGCUCUUUUGCAAACUGUGCAAGCGACAGUUCAGCUCACGGCAGAACUUAACAAAGCACAUCGAGCUACACACAGAUGGCAACGACAUCUUUAUCAAGUUCUACCGUUGCCCUCUCUGUCGCUACGAGUCGCGCCGCAAACGUGACGUCCUGCGCCAUGUUACUGUGGUUCACAAGAAGUCAUCCGCAUACCUCGCCAAAAUCAUGCCCAAACUGGAGAGCAGGGCUGUGAAGAGGCUCGCUGAGGUCGUCCUCAGCAGCACCAGUCAGAACAAGAGGACCAGCAGCAGCAUCAAAGAGGAAGUGAAUGGACGUCCUGCUUCUUCAUCUCCAUCUUCUUCCCCUUCUCCCCCUGUCACUCGCAAGCAAGAGUGCUCCACAGCUCCCCCAAGUACCACCUCAGCCUCUUCCACCUCUUCUUCCUCCUCUUCCUCCGCCCCGCCCCCUCCCCCAAUCACUCGGAAACAGCAGGACGUUGCAUCGCCAGCGUUCACGCCAUCCCCUCCUGUCACCCGUAAGCAGGAGAGACAGCAGAUCCACCAGCAUCGGCCUAUCAGCCCCCCACUGACCCGCCGCAGUGAGAAACACACACACCAACGCAACUCGUCAUCCACCAGCUCGCCACACACUCGACGGCAUGAAGCCCAGUCAGAGGGCAGCAGCACAGGGUCGUCGUCCACUGAAGUCAGAGUGACCAAGAAUUUCUCCCUCCAUGCCUGCGACCAGUGCGGACGGGCCUUUGCCAAGAAGCUGUACCUGGAGUCUCAUAAGCGAAGUCAUCGCAACGCAGUGACGUCAGCGGCCAACAGGAGGAAAGGAGUCAGCACCCGCUCCAAAUCCCUGGCCUGGUGAAAAUCACAUAGUUCACAGUCCAGCGGGAAUAACUGGUGAGCGAGCCUCUAACGAUGAAGAAAUGAAUGAAAACUUUCAAUAGAGAAAAAUAGUGGACGAUAGGAGAGGAGCACAGAGCGGAGAUGAAGGAAUCAAACAAACAAGGAGUGAAGUACAAAGGAUUUCUACCCUUUGCUUUGGAACCAAAUAUAUUGUUGGAAUCUGA